AUGAGGAGAGAGAGAUCAAGAGGAGGAGGAGGGACGCCGGAAAGGAUGGCGGCGGCGGUGGUGACCGGCGGCGGGAGGAACAUCGGCGUGGCGAUGGACUUCUCGGAGUGCAGCAAGGCCGCGCUGAGGUGGGCGGCGGCGAACCUGGCCCGCGCCGGCGACCGGCUGGUGCUGGUGCACGUCAAGGCCUCAUUCCAGUACGAGCAGGGCGUCGCCCACCUCUGGGAGCAGCAGGGCUCACCGAUGAUCCCGCUGGUGGAGCUGGCCGACCCGCGGGUGAGCAGGAUCUACGGCAUCUCGCCGGACGCGGAGACGAUCGGCAUCCUCACGCGCGCCGCCAACCAGAAAGGGGUGGAGGUGGCGGCGAAGGUGUACUGGGGCGACCCGGCGAGGAAGCUGACGGAGGCGGUGCAGAGGCUUCCCCUCCACUGGCUCGUCGUCGGCAACAGAGGCCUCGGCGCCGUCAAGAGGGUUCUGAUGGGGAGCGUGAGCACCUACGUCGUCCACCACGCCAUCUGCCCCGUCACCGUCGUCAGGGAGAACGCGCUGCCGCCGCCGCCGCCGCCGCCGCCGAUGACGACGACGACGACGACGGCGCCGGGGAGCUACUACUACUGAUCGAUGGACACUUCGGUUCCCCGUGUAUGUCAAACUGUCCACUGAUAGAUGGAGUACAACACUUUGCUGUGUCUGCUCUGUGCAUGUACAAAGAGCACUUGUAAGUAAAAAAAAAAUGUUGUUGUGAUUAUAUGUGUAAGUGUUGUAAUAAGCGUUGAUUGAUCAAUAAUUUUUAG